AUGGCUUCCGCAUACUCAGAGUCCGAGCCGGUUCUGGUGUCGCGUCUCUCGAAGGCGGGGUUUGAUCAGACUGAGCGCGAUCUCAUCCUGAAGCACGUUAAGAGUUUGAAGCAGUUGGCCUUCGUGAGCUCUUUUGCUCCGGGGGCGGCGGACGAAGGUCCGUUGAUCGAGGCCCUUAAGGCGAUGCUUGGAAAGGACCCAGAGAUGAGUCAGAAGGCAGCUUUCAGAGCAGUAUUUCAUGAAGCUUAUGCCAUUGUCACUUCGGAGAUGCGACAGCAGGUCGAAAGGGUCGAGGAACCGACAGUUCGUCAUUUGAGUCAGCCCGAGAGGGCUGAGAGAAUUGAGCGCCAGCGUUCACAGUUGACUGGCAUCACGAUAAAAGGUUCCUCGGAACCAUCAGAGGCCUUGGUCGACCUGUGCGUCGGUCAGUACGAGGCCAAUGUGAUUCAGUAUGUGCCUUGGUCUAAGUGCACGUCGCGGGAACAAGAGCUCCUAGGCGACGGUAAGAAAGACCUGAAGCUUUCGAUUGACGGCGAGAGUGGUAAGCUUAAGGUGGAAAACAAGGCCAAAGAUCAGGUGGCCGAUACAUCCACUGAAGUGAUGCUUCUGCAGGCCCUGCAGCGGCGUGCUCUUGCAUUCGAUCAAGCUAACAUUGUCUCUUUCACAAAGCUUGACAUGUGGCAUCAGAAGUUGAUGAAGGCGAGGCUGACUCCACCUCCGCCGGGUUACCAGCAAGUCACCUUCACUCAGUUGCAGAAUGCAGACUCGAGGCUCUUUCUGGAGCUUCAGGACCAUACGCGCACAGGCAUCCAGUCGGAUGCCAAAGGUCGUCCGAUCGAUGGCAUCAUAGAUUCAGUCAGCUGCAUGCACGAGGUGGUGUCGUUGAUGCAGCCGCUACAGGGCGGCCCUUCGUCUUCGUACGGUCCCAGUGAGCCUGCUCGACUGCGGGAGUCACCGUAUAAAGGCAAAGGCAAGGGCAAAGAUGGCAAAGGAAAGAAGCGCUUCGUUGCCAUGCCGAGCGAGCUUCGUGGGUGCAAUUCGCACACCGCGAAAGGACACCCGAUCGGCUAUGCCUUUAACCUGGGGUCAUGCCCGAACAAGGUGACUGGCAAUAAGUGUGAGAAGGGAUUGCACAUCUGUGCAGUCCCCAAGUGCGGCAUGAACCACGCCGCUAUCAAGUGUCCCAAGAAGCCGAAAGAUGGCGAGCAGGAAGUGCUUAAGGCCCAUCCCGAAGGGGAUGAGCCUCUUUUGAGUGCGCCCGAAGGGGCCCAAGCAAUGCCAUUUGAAGAGCAGGGAUCGAACCCACUCGAUCCAAAGGUUCAUGCGGACUCUUAUGCCGAGGAGCUUCUGUCUUUGGACAGGGAUCCCACGGCCCAGGAGUUGAUUCGUUUGUUUGACAUGCUUCCUCAGGAGCCGCUUUGGAACAAGACUCGUGACGAUGGAGCCGCGGCCUUCUCGACUGGUGCCUACGUGAAGGGGCCUCUGCUCGGUCUCAGGAGUAACUGCAGCAAACAUCCGGCGGCUUCAAAGAUUUUCGCUCAGGCGGUGCAACGCGCUGCCCCGGGAAUGAAAUUUUCUACUCUGAGUGUGUUUUCAGACCUUAAGACGGAGCCUCAUGUCGACCGCUUCAACUCUCCUUUCCCUAACAUUCUUGUGCCACUCAGCAAUUUUCGGAAAGGAGAGGUCUGGGUCGAGUCAGCUCAGGGCGUUUUUCCUUGUGAGGUCGAUGGUGUUACGAAGCGCGGCAUCUUGAUCGAUGUUGCCUCCGGACCGAAGGCCUUCUAUGCUUGCAGCCAUGUGCACGCUACACGGCCGUGGAGCGGCCGACGCGUAGUCAUAGUUGGAUUUUGUAUUGCUAGGGUUCAGGAGCUUGACGUGGACUGUAGGGCGCGCUUAGCUGAGCUUGAUUUCCCUGCGCCCCAGACGCCGCCCAACUUCAGUCCGGAUUUGAUCGAGGUCAGGGGUACCUUCCAUGACCUCAGGAGUUCUCAAGUGGAUGAAGCCUGUGAUGCCCUCCCGGCUCAACUGCAAGCCGCCUCUCUGCUGUGCCUUGACCUCUUUUGCAAUGCAGGCGAGUUUGGGGCCUCCCUGAAGGCAGCCGGAUUCGAUGUGCUCGCGAUCGAGCAACCGCACCUGAAGCAGAGAGCUUUGCUCAGCGUUGUGUCGUUGGAUCUUAGGAGGGCUGCCUCUUGGGAUUUCUUAGUUAAGGUUGUGCUCGCUAGGAGGGUCGUCUUUGUGCUUGCCGCCCCCACUGUGGCCGCCUCCUCAGGCGACCUUCCCGAAGGUUUUGCCCAGGUGGCUUCCGAACUCAGCUCUUUCUUGGCGUUGCUCGCCACUCUUGAUAUCGGAUGGGGAGUCUUGAAUCCGCUAAGCAGCCGGCUGUGGGCGACUUUGGCGCUGCCUGCCUCGCAUGUCGUGAAGUUCGACCUGCUUGCCCAUGGUGGCGAGCAACACCAGCAGUAUGAUGCCAAAAAUUCCUUGACGGCCGCUUUUCAAUCGGAUGAGUUCGUCAGGACAGCAGUCACUCUGUCCCAUCCUUUCGACUUGUCUUCGGCAGUGCCGGAUGAGAUGCUCGAGAUUCUUGCGUUCACUCUCACCAAAGGGCCGUUGGCUGUCAUGAGGCAUCGCUUGGACACCUUGACGAAAUGGAAAAAGUGGUCUCAGGAACUUCGUGGAGCAGAGGCCUCCUUGCACGCGAGGCUUCACCCAGAUGUCGAGAAGAUAGUUGCACGCAAGAACUUGACCCUCCUGCGACGUGUGGCUGAAGACUUGCAGUGGCCUGAUGCCACGAUAAUCGACGACAUCGAGAACGGCUUUGAGCUUGUGGGUGAGGCCAAGGUUACAGGCAUCUUCGAGGUGGAUCCGAAACCCUCUUCGAUGUCCGUGGACGAGUUGCUUGAUCAUGCGAAGUUCUUGAAGCCAGCCCUGUGGGGCAAGGUGUCGGGAGAUGCGAGCCACCCGGAUGAUCAGGAGCUCUGGGAUCUCACUUGUGCUGAAGCCGAUGAGAAAGGCUGGUUGCAUGGGCCCUACACGUGGGAACAACUGCAGAACAUGUUUGACUCCAAGUGGAUACCUGUGCGCAGAUUCUCCAUCAGGCAAAAGAACAAAUUGCGACCCAUCGACGACCUGUCCGAGAAUGCCGUCAAUCAAGCUUCUCGGCCCGAGCAGUUUGCUGCGAGUUGGGGUGGGCGGCGCGCAUUUCUCAUGGAGCGUGACACGACAGAUGCAGCAGCAACACAUGACGUAGAGAUGGCCGCUCCGGUCCCAAAUCCGGAGGUCGAGUAUGAGGAGGCGAAUCAGGCCGACCUUGCGGCAAACCUUUUUCCUUUUACAGAAAGCGAGCUUUUAAGCGUGCUGUGGAUCAACGCUGCAAGCACUGGUGCCUCAUCGCAGUUUUCGCUCUCCUGCAUGUCUUGGAAUUGUGGUGGUCUCAGCUCCCUCAAAGAUGAGUUGUUCACGUGGCUCGACGAGCACCCUUACGACAUUGUCUUUCUUCAAGAGACCUGGCACAGGCAACAGAUGGACUUUGACACACGUGGCUAUCACUGCAUCGGAUCUGGCAUAGGCGCGGAUGUCAAGAGAGCCCAUGCAGGUGUCAUGACUUUGCUGCGUAAGUCUGUGUUCCCACAAGAUUACAUUAGAUUUCAUGAUCCUGUUGCGGGACGCCUCCUCCAUGUUAGGGCUUGGUGUGCAGGGGGCUGGGUAGACACUGUCAAUGUGUAUCAGUAUGCACUUGGACAAAGCGGUGACCAAGCUGAGAUCUUGCGGAAACGCACUACAUUGUGGACAUCCCUUCGACAGACAUAUGGACACAUCCCACAAGGCAGCACUCUUGUAUCUGCAGGUGACUACAAUUGCAAUCUGACCACCUUGAAGUCUCACACAGGACCGGGCAUGCUUACACCGACGACGCCUUCACCGGAUAUGGAGGAUCUCGUGGCGAUUGUGCAGGACUUCUCAUUGCUUGCUGUCAACACAUUCGGCAGGAAGAACAGCUACACUUACGUUCAUGAGGGAUGCAAGCCAGUGCGACGCUCAUUCAUUGACUAUGUGUUUGUUAGACAGAACAAGCACAGUGAUUGCAAGUCUGGACUUCUGCGUGAUUGGCAGGUUGCGCGCUGGCGCAAAGGGGGACGGCAUCUCCCGGUGUGGUCACGAUUUUCUGUACGGCGGUUCAGGACUCAGAAACCACAGCAGAAGCUUGAAUGGCCUCGAUGGCGCUGCCGUCUCCUUUCACAGGCUGUCAAGGAGCAGCCACAGUUGGCCGAGCGCUACACGGAGCAGGUCGCCAUUGCGUUGCAAGAUGUUGAUAAGUAUGAGCCCAAGAAGCUGAACGCCCUGCUGCUGGAGGUCGGGAGGAAGGUCUUUCAUGUACAACGGCCACAGAGCCUGCCGCCGCCCUGGACCGGGGCGCAACACAUCGGCAGCAUCAAGGACAUGUGGCACCAUUAUCGACUCAUGCGCAGGUCCAUCGAGGAGGCCAAUCGUUCUCGCGUGGGGACCAGGUUGGCACAGCUGCUUCAGGAAGCGGAGGGCAAGCUGCUCACACCGGCCGAGGAAGCCCGUGCCCUACAGGAUUUCUGGAGAUCGGUGAAUGGAGCACCAGGGUCCCUGCUACGAUCGGGGCAGGCCUCCAGCUACAAUAUCAUCCAGCAGGACAUUGAGCGAGCUCUACGUGAUCUUCAGGCGAGCAAGGCUGCCCCGCCCCAUUGUGCACCACAUGCCUUCUGGAAGUUGGCUUCUGCUCCGGUUGCUGCAUUCAUGGAAGAUAAGGUUUUCUCCGGAUGGCGAGAAGAUCAGGCCAAUGACGAUCCCGCAUCAUUGCGGCCCAUCGCGCUGCUAGACCCCAUGGGCAAAGCAGUCAGCGGUGUUUUGAAGAGGCACCUCGAACCGUAUCUGCUGAAGGCAACUGCCAAGCUGCCGCUCUUUGGAUACCUUGCAAACAGAUCCCCGCAACAGGCCCUCACGUUGGUCUAUGAGCACUGUGAUAGAGUUCGAGCUACCGCCCGAGCCCAAACUCGAUCUUGGUACGAACUACGAGCGGGACAGAAACGGUCCUCGUGUGCCGGGGGACUGCAGGUCAGUGUGGAUUUUUCUCAGGCAUUUGACCGUGCUGAUCGCAAACUUUUGGUACGUGCCCUGCAAUUUCUUGAAGUGCCAGAUGACUUGACAGAUGUGAUUCUCAGGUGGACCCAGAAUACGAUUUUUCACAUUGACAAGGCCGAUGCAUCCGAGCAGUAUCAUUCCAGCACUGGCAUCCGUCAGGGAUGCAAGUUGUCACCAACAUUGUGGUGCUGUUUGUUUACCUAUGUACUACAUGUACUGGAUCAACAACUUGGUACGGAGUGGAGCUUAGAGCACCUGCUUGGAUUCGCAGACGACAUACACUUGCGCUGGGAGUUUCAGGAUCGGGACGGUCUACUCAAGGCACGUGCUGAGGCGGGCGGAGGGGGUACAGGUGCCUCACCUCAUGCGCAAAAUCACGCGCAAACGCAAAAGCCUAAAGGCACUCUGCUGGUUCUCGAUGAGAGAUGGACUUGGCCGCUCAAGCGUGACCACAUCUACUUAGGAGCAGUGAUUUCAUAUGGCCAUUACGAGAUGCUCAAUGCCCAACAUCGCAAACAUGCAGGACAAGCGGCCUUUUCACGCCUACGUACCACUCUCAUGUCGCACCGUGCACUAUCGCUCGACAAGAGGCUGCAUCUGUGGCGCACCAUUGUCCUGCCAGCCACUCUGUACUCCUUGUCUUCUUCGGGAUACAACAGGAAAUCCUUUGAUCUCAUUCGGGUUUUGAUGGUCAUGCAGAUUCGGGCCAUUGCGCGCAGUCCGCGACAUCUCACCGAGGAGAGUGAUCUGCAUCUGCUCCAGAGGUUACGGCUACCGCAAAUCCAUGAGAUGCUGCUUCAGGUCCACAGUCGUGUUGUCAAAGCCACCACUGUUUUGCGUCAGACCCUGAGUCCACAAGAUGUACGGCUCACGACGGACAUUGUACAACGGGAAUGUCGGCUGCUGGAGGAUUUCAAGAAACUUGAGGCAGUGGAGGGCAAAGCGGAUGGUACACAGAACAGGCUCACUUGCGAGUAUUGCGGGCAAUCCUUCGACAAUGAUGCUGCCCUGCGACAACACAAAGGUCGUAUGCACAGCAAGGACCGCAUGGAGGCCGCACCCACGGUCUUCGACAGGCAACAACAUGGCACUGACGGCAUGCCGCGAUGCCGCGGUUGCGGGCAUCCUUUCGCCAGGUGGGCGGACCUCCAAAAGCACAUCGAAGAGAAUCAUUGCCAAGGUCAACGACAGGCGGAACCGUCAGCCCCUGAGGAGCGACCCUCUGUUCUGCAACAGGCUCGUGAUGGCACGCUGCCAGUGCAAACGCUCCAUUUGUCCAUGAUGACGGACGAGCUAAGGCAGGAAUUGCUCUCACACUGUGCAUGCUGUAGACAGUGGAUGCCCAAUUCCAGAUACGUCAAGAUACACUGGGGCAGAGUGCACAAAACUGAAUCCCAGAAGUUUCAGGCUCGCACACUUCAGUGGCGCCGUCUCUCUUUCGAGCCUAUCAAGCAUACAUGCUCGUGGUGUCAGGGUACAGCUGCGGAUCGCUCGGAUCAUCGUGACACCUGUCCGGUCCUCUUUCAACUCAGUAUGGUACGGGCCCUCAUUGUGAGCACUGACGAGGUGGAGUCUUCUGAGGACGCGGCAGUGACGCUGGACAUGACCAUUCCAGCGAAGGAUGACAUACCGGCGUGGAACAUGGCGGCGAUUCAGGAGGUGUUCGGGUCUCUGGUCGCGGAGAGCGGGCCGCUGAUGGACUUCGGCGCGAGCCUCAACCUGGGCAAGCGCAACGCGGAGACUCCGCAAGGGCCCCUGACAAGCCGCCCAACCAAAACGGGCCGCCUCAACAACGGCCAAAAGGGAGGGCGCGGCAAAGGAGGGCGUCCUUGGCACCAGCAGGGCAGACGCUUUGUUUCCGAGUCCAGCCAACAGCAGCAACAGGAGGAGGUGAGCAUGGAGGACCUGUUGCGACUCCUGUCUUCGAUCAUCAUGCGACACGAGGACCAGUUGAAGAUUAUGAGACAAUCGACGGGAUGGGUGUUGUUCGCCAAGACAGCAGCUCCGUCCAUUGUACCGGGGAUCAUCAAAGCCUCCAUGAAGUGGAAGGCCGAGGUAGUCAAACCGGACUGCCAGUUCGCUCACGUGAGCUUGCGUGCAAUCCUCUUCUGGAAUCUGGUGGAGCAGAUGCUGGCGGUGCUCCAGGGACUCACCACGGAGAUGAAGGACAAGGCUGUGGCAGAGGGGUGGAUGAACAGUUCGGGAGCAUGGGUGUUUCAGGAGUGGUCUCACGAGAAGCAUUGCUUGCAAGUCGACAGCAACAAGACCCCAGCGACAACGGAGGAUCUCCUCAACACCCUGCGGGAGCGGAAAACUCUCGCGACCUCGGAGGUGAUUUCGGCGUUCUUCUCGAAUCGGCCAUUGACGGAACACAUGCAAGGACACAUGGUAGUGUUCCAGCUGGAUGUGUCAUUCAGAAAGGAGGUGGCGCACCGCUUCUACGUGCUGUUGGAAGCUCUUCAAGGGCAGGCUUCCCUUCAACUCUGCGGGGUACAACUACGCAAGGAGGGCUUUCGCCGGUCGCCGGCGGUACAGAAGCUGGCAGAGAUGCUUCGAUGA